AUGAGCUUUGCCUGCACUCCCUCCUGAGCCUGUGUGGUCCACUUCGCCUGGAGCAGCAACGGCUGAUGGAGAGCUGGUGACUCUGUCCCUGCUGGCCCUCUGCUGCCAACUCCCAGAAGAAGCCAUGUUCGGCAUUUGAAGGUUUCCAGUAACUGCCACAUCCCAGGGAGAAAAAGAGAUGGGGAACAGCAUGAAAUCCACACCUCCACCUUCGGAGAGGCCAUUACCCAGCAGUGAGGGACUUGAGAGCGACUUCCUGGCUGUGCUGAAUGACUACCCAUCUCCUGACAUCAGCCCCCCAAUAUUCCGGAGAGGGGAGAAACUGCGUGUGAUUUCUGAUGAAGGGGGCUGGUGGAAAGCCAUUUCUCUCAGCACUGGCCGGGAAAGUUAUAUUCCGGGGAUAUGUGUGGCCAGAGUGUACCAUGGCUGGCUGUUUGAAGGACUGGGCAGGGACAAGGCUGAGGAACUGCUGCAGCUGCCAGACACAAAGAUUGGUUCCUUCAUGAUCAGAGAGAGUGAAACAAAGAAAGGUUUCUACUCGCUGUCAGUAAGACACAGGCAGGUGAAGCAUUACCGCAUCUUCCGCCUGCCGAACAACUGGUACUACAUCUCGCCAAGGCUCACCUUCCAGUGUCUGGAGGACCUGGUGACUCAUUAUUCUGAGGUGGCUGAUGGUCUAUGCUGUGUGCUCACCACACCCUGCCUGGCACAGAAUACACCUGCUCCAACAGCUCAUCCAUCACCUUGUACCACCCCUGGUUCACAUGUCACCUUACGACAGAAGACCUUUGAUUGGAAGAGGGUAUCCAGAUCACAGGAAGAUCCAGAGGGAGCAGAGAACCCACUCAGAGUGGAUGAAUCCCUUUUCAGCUAUGGCCUUCGGGAAAGCAUUGCAUCCUACCUGUCCCUGACUGGAGAUGACACUAGCUCCUUCGACCGGAAGAAGAAGAGUCUCUCCCUAAUGUACACUGGGAGCAAACGCAAGAGCUCCUUCUUUGCAGCACCUCAGUACUUUGAAGAUUAGUGCCCUGGCUGGUACACAAAAGACAAAGGCUUUGACUGUGACCUGGGGUCUUAUGGAAGAUGGAGUUCUCUACUCAGUGGUCACCUCAUGUCUUCCUGUUACCAAAGGAAGUCACACAGAGACUGCCUUUACCUACUAAUCAGAGGAACUGUUGUCUGAUCAGUAUUGUGGAGCCACAUCACAUUUUGAUCAUGGUGUAAUGGGGCAGUGCUUCAAAGAGCUGUGGGUACAUGAGUGUGUGUAUGCAAGACAGAACAAUCUUGCAAGAGUGUGUGGAAACUGACUCCAGCUCUCAGUCCCAAUGGCCCCUCUCUGAGACCCCAUGGAGAGCAUCCACCUGAGAAAGAGCAUGGGCAAGAUGGCCUUGUUAGGUCUGCAGAGUGACCUCUAUCUGAAGCAAAGCUACCUUUAAAGGCCCAGUGAGAACUUUGGGCUAUGUCUUCUCUCUUUCUAAGGAACCAGUGACACUAAACACUAUCCAGAAGGACUUACAGCUCUGAACCAAGUGGAAUCUUCAGCAUUCAGGUGGACCAAAGCCAUUUGGACAGGAGUAGAUGGUCAAGUUAAGUCACAUGGGAGUAUAGGGCAACUGGGAAAGAGAGGAGGAAGCCCUAAUGCACAAGCUUCUGGGAUAGACAGUCUUGCCUCCCCCAGAUGCUGGGGUCCUGUGUUGUUUUAGAACCCCUAUUUCUCAUGCCUAAUGGAAGAAGCAUGGGUAAAGAACUGUGCUGAGGUCAAACAUGAUUAAAAGAACCAUGAAUAGCAUCCUUUAAUGCUGGGCUUUAAAGGAUGCAGACAGACAAGAAGAAUAACAAGGUGUAACAGUGAAUGUGAAACAGGAGGGACCUUUACAGUUACAAUGGGCUGAGGACAAGUGAAGGUUACCCAAGGGGCUCUUGUUCCCAUGGAUCUACCAGGAAUACAAGGACUGGUGGACCAAGUAGAUUAGACUGCUUAUGGGUUUUGUUUGUUUGUUUGUUUGUUUUUCAAGGAAAAUGAUCAGCUUUAAAGGCUUACUUUUUCCUGUAUAUUUUUCCUAAGAAGGGCUGGCAUCUGCAUGAAUAAGAAUGCCCCUUUCUGGGAAAAGGGGGCUGGAGAAGCUGAAUGCUGCCAUAUGUGAGUGUAAGUGGUAAGAGAGAGCUCACAAGGCACUUAGGAAAGAGAAGCCUUCAUCCAGUCUCAUACCCAUAUCUUGUUGAGAUGGGAACCGGGAUAGCCAUGGCUCAUUCCUCCCUGUUUAUCACAAGGAUUCUCCAUAAGACAAAUACAAAUACAGGUGGGAUUUGUUAUCCAUUACAUGUAUUCCACAUACCUGGGCUUAUCCUGCAGAUGGCAAACACAUAUGCAUUGACAUGACUUUAUGUAUUGUCAGAUCCAGUGGGGUCUCCUAGGUCUCACCCAAAGAGACUGGCCAGUGUGUUAGAAACAAAUGCCACACAAGGUCAGUGACUUGUGCUAUAAGGCCAUAAUCUCUGGUUCCUGAUAUGUGUCUGCUCAUUAUCUUCUGUGCUAUUUCUGCUGUGGUCAAUGUGAAUGGAACUUUCAGUAGUACUUGGGGGUACUUCUAAGCGGGAAGCAUUACAUUUUGCCCAAUCAUGUAUUUAUU